UCUUUGAUUUGAUAAUUAAAGAUGUCAAAAUUGUUCCAUGUUGCUGUCCUGGCAGGCAGCUCAAUGCUUGGGUUCUCUUCGACAGCCGUCAGCCAGGAUGGGCGUAGCAGGAUGCCGCAAAUGAAACGUGAGCUGCCCAGUCGCAGCAUGAAUCUGGAUGCGUUGCGUCGCACCGAGUACGAUGUCCUCAUCAUUGGCGGCGGUGCUGUUGGCGCCGGUUGCGCCUUGGAUGCGGCAACGCGUGGCUUGAAAACCGCUCUGGUUGAGGCUGAUGAUUUUGGCAGCGGCACCUCAUCGAAAUCGAGUAAGCUGCUGCACGGCGGCCUCAGAGAUCUGGAUCAGGCCAUAGCCCAUUUGGAUGGCGCUGCCUUUCGACGCGUCCACUCCUCGCUGAAGGAGCGCAGUAAUAUCGCCAAUCUGGCGCCGCAUUUAAAUCAGCCGGUGCCCAUAAUGCUGCCAUUGCAUCAUUGGUGGCAAACGCCCAUCUACUGGGCCAAACUGCAUCUGUAUCAUCUGAUGGCGCCCGGUCCAACGAAGGGUUUCCAUUACAUCAACUCCCGCGAGGCACUCGAACUCUUUCCGAUGAUGCGCCGCGAACUCUUUGGCGCCUUCAUCUUCUACGAGGGGCAGCACGACGAUGCCCGAAUGUGCCUGGCCGUGGUGCUGACAGCUGCCCGGUAUGGCGCCGAUGUGUGCAAUCACAUGAAGGUGAUUGAUCUGCUGCGCGACAAGCAGAACAUGGUUGUGGGUGCCAAGGCAGUUGACCAGCUGACCGGCAAAUCGUACAAGAUACGUGCCAAGAUUGUGAUCAAUGCGACGGGUCCGUUGAGCGAUGCCAUUUCCCGGCUGGAAGAUGCCGAAGCGACGCCACAAUGCAUACCCAGCUGGGCAUCGCAUCUGGUGCUGCCCCACUACUACUGUCCCGAGCAGGUGGGUCUCUUCGAUCCGCAUCCCGGGCAUGGCUCGGCCAUAUUCUUUUUACCCUGGCUGGGGCACACACUGAUGGGCACGGCGGGGGAGCGACGCGAUCCGAUGGAGGGGCCACAUCCAACGGAAAUGGAGGUGCAGUAUCUCUUGGAUGGCAUCAGGCACUAUAUUAAUCCCAACUUUGAUGUGCGUCGUUGCGAUGUGCUCGCCGUUUGGGGUGGCUACAAGCCGCUGCCGAUUGAAUCCGCAGAGCUGGCGGAUUCGAGCUUGAGGAAUCAUGUCAUCUCGCUGGGGCCGGGUAAAAUGAUCUCGAUUGUGGGCGCCACAUGGACAUCGUUUCGUCUGAUUGCCGAGCAGGCAAUCGAUGCAGCCAUUCGAAUUGGGGGCCUGGAACCGUUGCGCCUCAACUCGAUAACGGCGAAAUGUUGCAAAUUGGAUGGUGCCAUUGGCUGGUCACCCAACAUGUUUAUACGCCUCGUGCAGGACUUUGGCCUGGAGCGAGACGUGGCCAAACACUUGUCCGACACGUACGGCUCCAACGCGUUCAAGGUGGCCGUUUGUGCCAACUCGUGUGGCGGCUCCUGGCCAAUUGUUGGCAAGCGGCUGCACACCGAGUUCCCCUACAUUGAGGUCGAGGUGAGGCAGGGCGUCAAGGAUUAUGCCUGCACCCUGGUGGAUAUGGUGGCGCGACGACUGCGCGUCGCAUUCCUCAAUGUCCAGGUGGCUGAGGAGAUAUUGCCGCGUUUGGCCAACGAGAUGGCCCAGCAGCUCAAUUGGUCGAAGAAACGCAAGGCCACCGAGAUCAGGGAGGCGCGCAAGUUUCUCAACACCCAAAUGGGACACAGUCCAGCUUAUGAGCCAGCCCAUUUGAGCAUACCCAUCAAAUUGACGGUGAAUCAGGUGCAGAAAUAUGCUGAACUUUUUAGGAAUCUCGACGAGAAUAAUACGGGUUUUGUGUCCAUUAGUAAAUCGUGUGCGGCCAUGAAAUCGUUUGGGGUGAAAGAAAUACCCGUUGAUCUGAUGCACAACGUGUUGCGCGACAUCGACUGCCAUGCGCCGGGCAAAGUGAAUCUUUACGAGUUUCUGCUGCUAAUGUCGGCCAUUGUGCACGGCGACACGGCCUAUUUGCACUACGCCAGGAUGAGUCUCGAUCAGAAACAUUCGGCGAUUAGCCAUCGCAGGCGUGGCAGAUUUGAGAUACCCGUGGCGAGAUCAGGAGGUGGAUUGUAAUCGUUAAAUUGUUAAUGAAAUUUCAGUUUGCGUACUUUUUAAACAAAUUUAUGGCUUGCCAGAUCGAUGAAAAUUGAUGUGUAGUGCUGCCAUAUCGUUGUGGUCAGAGAAGAGUGUUGAAUAACGCUGACGAACAUUUCAAACUCGCAUUUGUAACUGAAAUUAACAAUUAAUGAAUUCUUCGUAAUUAAAUCGAAAUGUGUUUUGUA